AUGGGCGAGUACUCGAAAGCACUUUCAUCGUACGGAAGAUCACUUGAAAUCCUCAAAAUAGCUCUCCCUCCGAAUCAUCCCGACUUGGCUACUUCCUACAACAACAUCGCUUCAGUGUAUUACAACAUAGGCGAGUACUCGAAAGCACUUUCAUCGCUAGAAAGAUCACUCGAAAUCCUCAAAAUAGCUCUCCCUCCGAAUCAUCCCGACUUGGCUACUUCCUACAACAACAUCGGAGGGGUGUAUGAUAACAUGGGCGAGUACUCGAAAGCACUUUCAUCGUACGAAAGAUCACUUGAAAUCCGAAAAAUAGCUCUCCCUCCGAAUCAUCCCGACUUGGCUACUUCCUACAACAACAUCGGUAUGGUGUAUGAUAACAUGGACGAGUACUCCAAAGCACUUUCAUCGCUUGAAAGAUCACUUGAAAUCCUUAAAAUAGCUCGCCCUCCAAAUCAUCCCUCCUUGGCUACUUCCUACAACAACAUCGGUAUAGUGUAUGAUAACAUGGGCGAGUACUCGAAAGCACUUUCACUGUACGAAAGAUCACUUGAAAUCCGAAAAAUAGCUCUCCCUCCGAAUCAUCCCGACUUGGCUACUUCCUACAACGGCAUCGGUAUGGUGUAUGAUAACAUGGGCGAGUACUCCAAAGCACUUUCAUCGUACGAAAGAUCACUUGAAAUCCGAAAAAUAGCUCUCCCUCCGAAUCAUCCCUCCUUAGCUACUUCCUACCACAAAAUCGGUAUGGUAUAUUCUCACAUGGGCGAGUACUCGAAAGCACUUUCAUUGUACGAAAGAUCACUUGAAAUCUCCAAAAUAGCUCUCUCUCCAAAUCAUCCCUCCUUGGCUACUUCCUACAACAACAUCGCUAUGGUGUAUGAUAACAUGGGCGAGUACUCGAAAGCACUUUCAUCGUACGAAAGAUCACUUGAAAUCUUCAAAAUAGCUCUCCCUCCGAAUCAUCC